CUGGCAGUCCUGUUCGGUAGACCCGCUCAGUCGCUGGCCGAUCAGUCGAUCGAUCCCCGGGAGCCGCAGCCAUGAGCCUCGCGGAGAGCCGAGCCCCCCGGAAAACGGCGGGAAACCGCAUGUCCGGCCUGCUCAGCGCGGAGGAGGAGGACGACUUCUACAAAACCACCUACGGGGGCUUCAACGAGGAAUCAGGUGAUGAUGAAUACAAUGAAGAUCGCUCGGCCAGUGAGGACGAGGUGGAUUCAGAUUUUGAUAUCGAUGAAGGAGAUGAACCGACCAGUGACCAUGACGAAGACGAGCCUAAGAGAAAGCGGAGAGUGGUGACUAAAGCUUACAAGGAACCAAUUCAGCUCCUUAAACCAAAACCCAAGCCAAAAGCAGAUGCACCUACCAGCAGCACACAGAAAAGCCGCCAGGAGAAGCCUGCCCCCCAGGAAGCCACAGAAGAUGCCGUGGACAGUCGUAAGCAGAUGCGCCAGUCCACAACAGAGCACACGCGGCAGACCUUUUUACGUGUCCAAGAACGGCAGGUGCAAUCUCGCAAGAAAAAGGGGCCUCAUCCUGACAGACCAUUGACACAGGAAGAACUGCUUGAGGAGGCCAAAAUCACAGAGGAAAUCAACAUACGCUCACUAGAGAAUUAUGAGCGACUGGAAGCUGACAAAAAGAAGCAGGUCUUGAAGAAAAGACGAUGUGUUGGCCCAACCAUCCGCUAUCACUCCGUAGCAAUGCCACUAAUAACGGACAUAACUGUGAAGGAGGAGAACGUGGAUGUGGAAGGGCUGGAUCAGGAACAGAUGGGGGACUCCACCCAUAAAAUCACCACUUCCUCUAGCAAAUGUUCCCGCACCUUCAUCACUUUCACUGAAGAUGAAACUUUCGACCGUUUCUUCCCCAAGAACAAGAACGCAAAGUUCCCGGUCAGAGAGAUCUGUCCUGUUACCCACAAACCUGCCCAAUACAGGGAUCCUAUCACAGACAUCCCUUACUACAAUGCCCGUGCCUUCAAAAUCAUCCGGGAAGCUUACAAAAAAUACAUCACUGCCCACGGUCUCCCAAACUCUGCCAUGGCAGCUGCUAUGGGACCUUCAGCAGCACCGGCCGAUCCUAACCAACGUAACACCAGGCAGAAAAUUAUCAUCAAGCAAGGUGUACAGACAGCGUAAUGGACUGCGUCCUACUAGCUCUCUUGCAGUUUGCCUAACAUUUACUCCUCAUUUAGGAAAGAGGCUAAGCAGCAGGAUGCAAGACACUUGCUAGACACUUUUCUAGUUUUGACUAGCUGAUUUUAUUUAUUUGUCAUCUUGGGAAGGGGGGACAACAUUAUUGUUCAGUGAAAGGAUUCAGUGUUCAGUAUCUCAGUGGACAUCUGACUGUUGUCUUGAUGGAUCUUUAGCAAUUGCUCGGUCCAUUCGAGUUUGAUUUUUGAAGACCCUCUUGGUUUUCUUUUCUCUCAACCAACCAAUAGGUUGAUAUACUCUACCCAAGCUAUGGAAUUGCUCUAGAACGUUUUCGAUAUGUGGCUUCUGUACAUAAACAACUCAGCACGUGGAACUACUCCAGGACCUUCUCAAUCUGUGGAACCACUCCAGCACCUACUCAGUUUGUGGAUUGAUUCCUUCAAAAAGUAUUUUCCCAUGUAAACCAGCUCGAGAUGUGGAUCUCUUCCAGAUUUUUUUCUGGUUAGACAUCUCUUCCCUCUUCCAUUAAACAAAUACCAUCUAAAAUACAUAUUGAAUCCAACCUAAUUUCCUGGGGUUCACCAGGGGUAGCUAAUUAUUUGCUCAACUAGUGGACAUUUGCAAAUACAUUUAAUCUCCUACUCCUGCUACAGUGGAACUACCCUGUUUAUUCAUGAGGAGGUCACAUUUGGCACUCCUGUAAUAAAUAUCUGCAGUUUAACUUAACAUCCAGGGUGUCUGGAAAGAUGAGCAUUGGUCCGUUGCUUUGAGCCAAACAAUAAAAGCAGUUUACUUCUGUCAAAUGAAAUCCAUAA